GUGAUUUUUACAUGGUAUUUGAUGUUGUUUCAGGUUGCAUCACAACAAAGGAGCUUGGAACUGUCAUGCGUUCUUUGGGUCAGAAUCCCACUGAGGCAGAGCUCCAAGACAUGAUCAACGAAGUAGAUGCUGAUGGCAAUGGCACCAUUGACUUCCCUGAGUUCUUGAAUCUCAUGGCCAGAAAGAUGAAGGACACUGACUCUGAAGAGGAGCUGAAAGAGGCGUUCCGAGUGUUCGACAAGGACCAGAAUGGGUUCAUUUCUGCUGCUGAGCUCCGCCACGUGAUGACCAACCUUGGGGAGAAGCUCACUGACGAAGAGGUUGAUGAGAUGAUUCGUGAGGCUGAUGUUGAUGGUGAUGGCCAAAUAAAUUAUGAGGAGUUUGUUAAGGUCAUGAUGGCCAAGUGAUGGUACACCAUCUCCACUAAAUUCUGAAUUGAAUUGAUGAAAAAUCUGAAUUAUGACUGUGCUAUAUAGAACAUCUAGUCCUUGUCUACCUGUCAUUUCUGUCUUCUUUCUAAAUUUUUAUAUGAUGCUUUUUGAAUUCAAUCUUAACGACGUUUAGUGGAAAUCACUGCUGCUAAUGGUAAUUGUGUUGCAAUGGUGUCUUUUGAUGUUUAUUUAA